AUGUCUGAAGAGCCACAAUCACUCCGCACGCUAUGGCAGGCGGCCGAAGGCAAGCGUAGGCAGAUUGAGAGCUCAUGGGACACGAACUCGGCCGCUCACCAAGCGCUGGUCAACGCCGCCGUCAGCAGUUACGAGCAGUGUCUGCGCCUCCAGGACCAAAUCGCUCUCUUCAGUCCCAAUGAGUCUUCCGAUGAUAUUGCCACCAACGACUUGCACCAUCUCCUCACCCAAUACCACCUUGCCAACUUGGUCCAGCGCUUGUCGUCUGAGGAUCGCAAAGCCCUUUUGCGCCGCGCCCAAGACUCGUAUGAGAAGUUCCUCCGCCAGCUCGACUUGUACGACCUGCUAUCCCCUUCCGACCUGAAACUGCUCGAGCAAUACCGCGAAGACCCGGCCGUCUUUUCCACUGCCUCGACCUCGGAUCCCGCAGCCCGCCGCGAAAGGAAGAUUUUACGUUUCAAGCAAGAGAAGGACCUCAAGCAAAAGCUACAACACUUGGAGCAAAACCCUGCUGCUCUACAGAAUGACGAUGACAUGCACCGCCGCCUGAAGUUGACCCAAAUCGACUUCUGCGUUCAUCAAACUUUCCAGUCUCUGGAGUCCCUAGCCCAAGAGCUUCACAUUCUUUCAAGAGCUCCCCCACCUCCACCGCCAGGCCAGCAGCAAGGGCUUUCUGAUAUCAGAGAGCGCCACAAAUCCGACGAUGGCUACUCGGAGAAACUAGACGGUCCUAUGUCUGCCGGCCUGUCAGGUCCUAUGCUAAGCAAAGAUGGCAAACCGCUGCGCCCGUUCACCCUGCUCAACACUCGCCAGACAAUGCAGGCUGGCGUCUUCCGCCCCGACCACAGUCUACCCACCAUGACUAUUGACGAGUAUCUUGAAGAAGAGAAACGUCGUGGAGGUAUGAUCGAGGGUGGAGGCGCACAGUCGGGCAUUCAACCAGAGGUCGAUGAGGAUGAUUUGGAUAAGGCGGAUGAAGAGACCAUGAAAGCCAGAGCUUGGGAUGAAUAUGUUGAACACAACCCCAAAGGUGCUGGUAACACUUUGAACAGAGGAUGA